AUGGGCAUCAAGUCGACCCUAGAACCACGAUGGAGUUCUCAGCCUCGAGCCAUGCAGAAGGAGCAAGGGAGCAAAGUGAAAAUGCUCUGCUUCUGGCUCCUAGUCGUGUUUGCGUUCGCGGUAACUAAACCCUCGCGCAAAUUCCUGAAGUUAUGGCAGGAGCCAAAUGUGCUAGCCGAUGAUCGACUGGCCAACUCUCCCUCAUUUGAAUGGUCCGAGAUUGUCGCUUCAAACGAACUCCAGUAUCACGACUGUUACGAUGGCUUCCAGUGUGCUCGACUUGAAGUACCAAUGGACUACCACGGUCCCAUCGAAUCGAGCAACAAAGUGGCAUUGGCAGUGAUCAGGAGGCCCGCUCGAGUCCCAGUCAAUGACCCUCAUUAUGGAGGAGCAGUAUUGAUCAACCCAGGCGGUCCAGGUGGCUCAGGCGUUGCAAAAGCGCUUGUCCACGGUGCUCUGAUCCAACAAGUCGUGGAUGCUGACCGAGAACCGAGCGAGGCUGAGGCCGAGGACAAAUAUUUCGACAUCAUCGGCUUUGAUCCUCGAGGUAUCAACCGCAGUACACCUAUCCUCAGCUGUUUUCAAGAUAACUUCGCUCGUCAAGUUUGGACCUUGCAGAGUGAGGCUGAGGGCAUUCUGGGUAGCUCCGACGGUUCCCUAAGGCUUGCCUGGAGACGUGCGAGAGCAUUGGCAGACGGAUGCUCAUCCCGCGAUGAUAGUGCAGAUGGUGGACCGUCAAUUUUGGAGCAUGUCAACACCACUCCUGUCUCCGCUGACAUAGUCGAAAUAAUUGAACGGCAUGGUCAGUGGAGAGAACAUCAAGGCAUCCAAGCUCAGGAGGCUUUUAAUAAGGCACACCGAUGUCACAACAACUUGGAUAUCGUCUCACGGACGAGGUGGCAGCGAGGAAUGGAGAAGCUCCAAUACUGGGGAUUUUCUUAUGGUACACUCAUCGGCUCCACAUUCGCGUCAAUGUAUCCAGAACGUGUAUCAAGAUUGGCCCUCGACGGAGUAGUCUCUACGGAUGACUAUUAUAAUGGCCCCUGGAAUACCAAUCUGGUAGAUACGGAUCAAAUUUUUGUGCGGAUUUUUGAAUAUUGCAAUGAAGCAGGUCCAGAUCAAUGCCCAUUCUGGCGCCCAGGGGGUGCUAAAGCCAUUCAGGCCGCAUAUGAAAAACUCUUGCACGACAUAUGGGAUGAUCCACUCUCUGUUGUUGGGAACAAGCGUCGUGGUCCGGAAAUAAUCACAUGGUCCGAUAUCAAAUCGGUGACUAAGAAUGCGCUCUAUCAGCCCGUCAUCCUCGGACCAAUAAUGGUAGAGCUGUUGCAAGACAUCACCAAUGGUACUGGAAGCCUCUUUGCGGACUAUAAAGAGAAGAGCCGUGUGCCGGCAUAUAGGUCGAAUGAGUGCAUCCUCGACGGCCCCUACUCCGAAGCUUGCGUUUCACCCGGCUGGAACGAGGUUGAAGCAACCGCUGCUGUCUUAUGUACCGAUGCUGAGGGCAUAGGUAGUUUCACAGAGGACGAGUUUCGCGAAUAUUGGCAGAGUUUGAAAGCUCUGAGCUCAAGUAUGGGCGACUACUGGGCGGAGACGCGUCUUGCCUGUGGGGGAUGGCAGAAGCGGGCGAAAUGGCGAUUUUCAGGCCCCUUCUCGGCCAACACUUCUCAUCCCAUUCUAUGGAUCGGCAACACGCUCGACACUGUCACGCCACUACGUAAUGCUCAAUACAUGAAUUCGCAAUUUCCAGGCUCGGUGCUCCUCCAGCAAGACUCCGAGGGCCACUGCUCUCAGACAGCACCAAGUCUAUGCACUGCCAAGGCCGUUAGAAAGUACUUCCAGACUGGUUUACUUCCCCCGGUUGGCACUAUAUGCCAGCCUGAUAUCAGACCUUUCAACUUGCAAGGUGAUGGCCUUAAGGAUCUCAGCACAAAAGAUUCGGAGCUGCUUGAUGUCUUGAAGCAGAUCGCCAAGACCAUGCAUUUUCCCUGA